CAAGCCCCAGGACAUUUUUCCUGACUCAAGGUCUUCAUAAAGAAAGCCCAACCACAGUCUUCAGAACAGACUUCUCUCCUGCAUCCCAAACGAACACAUCUCUUCCUUUUAUUAGAAGGUCUCUAUCACAUCUUGAACCUCUCCGAUCUUCUCUUUUUCACAACUACCUUCAUAAUUCUCACACAAGAUGGCACCAGCCAUUGGUAAGUCUCCCUCAGACCACCGCCGAACCUCUGAACAGCCUGCUAACGGUGUUUCCAUAGGUAUCGAUCUAGGUACAACCUACUCAUGUGUCGGCAUCUUCAGAGAUGACCGCAUUGAGAUCAUUGCCAACGAUCAGGGCAACCGCACCACCCCCUCCUUCGUUGCUUUCACAGACACUGAGCGUCUGAUCGGUGAUGCUGCAAAGAAUCAAGUCGCCAUGAACCCUCACAACACAGUCUUCGAUGCCAAGCGACUGAUCGGUCGCAAGUUCGCCGAUGCUGAGGUUCAGGCCGACAUGAAACACUUUCCCUUCAAGGUCAUUGACAAGGCCGGCAAGCCCGUCGUUGAGGUUGAAUUCAAGGGCGAAACCAAGACAUUCACACCCGAAGAAAUCUCUUCGAUGAUCCUGACCAAGAUGCGAGAGACUGCCGAGUCAUAUCUUGGUGGCACCGUCAACAACGCAGUUGUCACAGUUCCUGCCUACUUCAACGACUCUCAGCGUCAAGCCACCAAGGAUGCCGGUCUCAUUGCUGGUCUUAAUGUCCUCCGUAUCAUCAACGAACCCACUGCUGCCGCUAUUGCCUACGGCCUCGACAAGAAGACUGAGGGUGAGCGGAAUGUUCUCAUCUUCGAUCUUGGUGGUGGUACCUUCGAUGUCUCCCUCUUGACCAUUGAGGAGGGCAUCUUCGAAGUCAAGUCCACUGCUGGUGAUACUCACUUGGGUGGUGAAGAUUUCGACAACCGUCUCGUCAACCACUUCGUUAGCGAGUUUAAGAGAAAACAUCGCAAGGAUCUCAGCUCCAACGCUCGCGCCCUUCGACGUCUCCGCACUGCUUGCGAACGUGCCAAGCGCACUCUUUCUUCGUCUGCUCAGACCUCUAUCGAAAUCGACUCUCUUUUCGAAGGCAUCGAUUUCUACACCUCAAUCACUCGUGCCCGAUUCGAGGAACUUUGCCAGGACCUCUUCCGCUCCACCAUGGACCCCGUCGAGCGUGUCCUCCGCGACGCCAAGAUUGACAAGUCCAGCGUUCACGAGAUCGUCCUCGUUGGAGGCUCUACCCGUAUCCCACGUAUCCAGAAGCUUGUCUCUGACUUCUUCAACGGCAAGGAGCCCAACAAGUCCAUCAACCCCGAUGAGGCUGUUGCCUACGGUGCCGCUGUCCAAGCAGCCAUUCUUUCCGGAGAUACUUCCUCGAAAUCUACCAACGAAAUCCUUCUCUUGGAUGUUGCCCCACUGUCUGUCGGUAUUGAGACUGCUGGAGGUGUCAUGACCGCACUCAUCAAGCGAAACACCACUGUUCCAACCAAGAAGUCCGAGACCUUCUCUACCUUCUCCGACAACCAACCUGGUGUGCUUAUCCAAGUUUACGAGGGUGAGCGUGCCCGCACCAAGGACAACAACCUUCUCGGCAAGUUCGAAUUGUCUGGCAUCCCACCUGCUCCUCGUGGUGUUCCUCAAAUCGAGGUUACCUUCGAUGUUGAUGCCAACGGUAUCAUGAAUGUUUCUGCGGUUGAGAAGGGUACUGGCAAGUCCAACAAGAUUGUCAUCACCAACGACAAGGGCCGUCUCUCCAAGGAAGAUAUCGAGCGUAUGUUGGCUGAUGCCGAGAAGUACAAGGCUGAAGAUGAGGCCGAGGCUGCUCGUAUCAGCGCCAAGAACGGCCUCGAGUCCUAUGCCUACUCGCUGAAGAACACCCUCUCUGACUCCAAGGUUGACGAGAAGUUGGAUGCUUCGGACAAGGAGAAACUCAAGGCUGAGAUCGACAAGACCAUCUCUUGGCUUGAUGAGAACCAAACCGCUACCAAGGAGGAGUACGAAGCUCAGCAGAAGGAGCUCGAGGGUGUUGCCAACCCCAUCAUGAUGAAGUUCUAUCAAGGUGAGGGUGGUGCUCCCGGUGCUGGCGGCCCUGGUGGCUUCCCUGGUGCUGGUGGUCCCGGCGGAUUCCCUGGUGCUGGCGGCCCUGGCGGUGCUCGAGGUGGUGAUGAUGGCCCAACUGUCGAAGAGGUUGACUAAAUGUCCAAAUACCCACCUCGGAAAAGCAUAUGAGCGACUUUCUCGACAUUGUCGAUCAGACCGGCGUUGGCGUUCUCAUCAAUGGAUUAUGGGAUGGUGAUACCUCUGACACUGCAUAGAUUAGUUUUCAGGCCUUUGGAACGGGCUGACGAGUUAUGGAAAUGCUUCAGAUGAUAGUUGCCACUUCAGAAUUCUGGACGUGGAGCAUCAUAUCUGCUUUUUUCCAGUAGCAUAGCUUUCAUCAAAAAUGUGAUG